AUGAAUGAUAAACUAAAAGAUAUCAUCCAUCCUGGUGCAAAAAUAAGUAUAGAUGAAUCCAUGUUCGCCUGGUAUGAAAGAGGUGCGUACGUCAAAGACGGGAUGCCAGCAGUUAUGACAAUUAAAAGAAAACCAAAAGGAGUGGGUUGUGAAGUAAAAACAGCGUGUGAUAGUAAUACAAACAUUAUGAUGAGAUUGGAAAUUAAAGAGGGUAAAGAAGCAAUGAGUACGAAGAAAUGGCAGGGAAUUUGGCGCUGGAACUGCAAUUACUUCGAGAUUGACAGAGCCGUGGCAUGGUUCUGGAAGAGUUAUAGUUGGAGACUCAUGGUUCGCUUAGGUCAAAACAGCUGUGGAGCUAUUCAAAGUUGGAUUGUACUUCAUUGGACUGGUAAAGACAGCACACAGUUUCUAUCCCGUGUCGGAUAUGGCUGCAAAGUAUCCGACGCACAAGGGGCAUUUGUUGUAAGUACAGCUGAAAAAGACUCAGUGCAGUUUAUUGCCUGUGCCUGGAAAGACAAAAAAACUCAUACAUUUGUUGCAACUUGUGAAACGCCACUGCCAGGCCUGCUAUCACGCAAAUAA